UCUUUGGCGUUUGAAUUUGUGCUCUCUGCCCCGCUACUCUCCAUGACUUCACGGAUGUGAUAUAUCUUCUCCAUUUGUUCUUCACUUUGCUUCACUCCUACUAUAUCAUGGGCCAAAAACAUAACAGACGACGGACAAGACCGCGCUCCCGGUAUCGUUCAAAUGCUCUUCCGAAGCCAGAUGUCUUGCCUGCGGCGGCCCCUGGCUGCCAGCUACCUUGUGACUCCUGUCGUUUAAGGCCUCCUCUAUUUAGUCCCUUCCCGUACCUGAUGCCUGACCCUGAGCCGCCAGCAACUGCGCAAAAAUGGCAAAAUCAGCAAAUUGUGUGUCAGAACGGCAAAGGCCGACAAAUUCAGGAGGCUACGAAGUUGGAAGCUGAAUAUUUCCGCCUGUUUGGAGGCGAACCGGGGGAUGAUAUAACAUUGUGCUAUCGCAUGCUGGAAUAUUUCGGGGGACUCGAUUAUAUUGAUUGAACAGGGAACCGUUGAAACAGGCAUCUCACCAGCUACCAGCGCCUGGAUAUGCUAGUUGAGAAACUCCAACUUGGAGAGCGUUUGGUACACAAAAUUGAAACAUGCCCCCACAACAUCAAACAUCUCACGUCCAUACCAACCAACACCAGAGCGUGGACUAUGCGACGCCCCGACUCGUAGCAAUGACGGUAUCAACCUCACGCAGUAACGGUCCCUUGCCCCUUAAUUUUGGCAAUAACUUCGGGGGGGCCUGUGGAUUCACCCUGCUAGGUGAUACUUGAUUGGUCAAUAACUGCUCGACCAUUGAUCUCUUGGUGGGAUUUGCCAAUACAAAGCCUCCGAAACCAACAAAAAAAAAACCUCGACGGUUUGUUCCGACGUUUCUCGAUAGCCUUCCCCACUGCCUGACCGUGAAAGCAGACGGUGCUCGCAUUCAAACAUCUCUAGUCCGUAAGGAAUGGAUUUGCGGCAUGCUUGAGCUCUCUGCAAGUUGGUUGUUCCAUCAAAAGCCGACGCGGAAACGAAGAGAAGGGCAGCGGAUGUGUGCAGUCGGGCUGUCUGUGGAAGAGAUGCGAAAAAUUCACGGGGGGUUGGAAAUGAAAUGGCUGAUGUUCUGUGUGGUAGCUUCUGAUGGAUAUUGCUUCUGCUUUCUGCUUUGAAAUGUUUUGAUUAGUGAUGGCAGCUUGACCAUUGGCAGGUGAUGGCGUGCAGCAACAAGACUAUUUUAUGUUUUGUCGAUUCAAGUUUUGGUGUCAAUUCAAGUUUCAGCAAUUUUGGGCUUCAUAUCUCUGCUCCUGUUUUAAGUGUCUCAUAUAUGUAUCUACUACGGUUCCUCAAAUCGAAAUAAGCAUCAUUUUU